GGAGACGGAGUUUGUUAGCUAUCAACGCUACGUGCUGGUUAACAGUUGCAGCCCUGUUGUUACGGAAAGAUAAUUACUAACUGCGCCAAUAAAGUCGCGAUUUUAAUACGGGUACCAUUUCAAUGGGCUCCAAGAGAAGACGAGCCACCUCUUCUUCCAGCAGUGUCAGCGGAGGAGACUUUGAUGAUGCUGCCUCAUCAACUCCAGUCAGUGGAUGGAAGAGGAGGAGAGCUUCCACUGCUCCUUCUGUUGAUCAAAUUGCUGUGUGCCAUGAAUUGUACAACACUGUCAGAGAUUACAAAGAUGACCAAGGCAGACAGAUCUGUGAGCUUUUUGUUCGUGCACCAAAGAGGAGGAAUCAGCCUGACUAUUAUGAAGUGGUGAGCCAGCCCAUAGACAUGAUGAAAAUACAGCAGAAGCUCAGGGCAGAGGAAUACCAGGAUGUAGAGCAGUUCUCAGCUGACUUUCAUCUGCUUAUUAAUAACACCAAAGCAUACUAUCAAGCCAACAGUGCAGAGUACAGAGCUGCCUGUAGGCUUUUGAACGUCUUCCUGACUAUCAAGAAUGAACUACUACACGGAGCCGAAGGAGAAGAGGCUGAGGAUGAUGAGGAAGGUGAAGAUGCGGAAAACCCAAGUGCUUCCAUGGAGGAGGAGAGACCUCCAAGCUAUCUAAAAGCCAUUCUGGAGCAGCUCUUGGAGGCCAUAGUAUCAUGCACUGAUUCCUCAGGGAGGCUUGUUAGCGAGCUAUUCCAAAAACUUCCCUCCAGAUUGCAUUAUCCAGACUAUUAUGCUGUAACAAAAGAACCAAUAGAUCUGCGCACUGUGGCUCAGAGGAUACAGGCGGGACAUUACAAAUCCAUCAGUGCCAUGGCCAAGGACAUUGAUCUUUUGACAAAAAAUGCCAAAGCAUACAAUGAGCCAGGGUCACAAGUUUUCAAGGAUGCAAACACAAUUAAGAAGGUAUUUGCCCAGAGAAGGACUGAGAUUGAGCAGGCUGAACCCACUAAAUCUAGCCUCCGCAUCAGAAAUCGGAGGUCUGCUCAGGGUGACCGGCUGUCUGCCAUCACUAUGGCUCUUCAGGCUGGAUCUGAAAGUGAAGAAGACUCUAUUCUCAAAGGCACUGUACGUUAUGACACUGGAGAAUCGGAGGCCGAUUGCGGUCUCAGUGCAGGUGACCCAAUCUUCUUGUUGUACCAGUCAAUGCGAGGAGCCCGAAGCGUUCAGGGGCUGCUUCUCGCUGAACCCUUCCUCCAACUGCCCACACGAAGGGAAUACCCAGACUACUACCAUCAGAUCAAAAACCCCAUCUGCCUACAACAGAUCAGGGAUAAAAUGAAGAAUGGGGACUAUGAAGGAGUUGAGCAGAUUGAGGCUGACCUCACGUUAAUGUUUGAGAAUGCUAAACGCUACAACAUGCCCAACUCCACCAUAUACAAACGUGCUCAGAGGUUACAGCAAAUAAUGCAGCAAAAGAAAAGAGAGCUCCGAGAUGACAAUGAAGUGGACGUCUCUACUGCAAAUUCAGAAUUGGGAAGUGGUAAAAGGAAAAGCCACAAGAAGAACACCAAGAAAAACCGAAUGAAGAUGCUGUAUGCUGCAGUGACUGAGGCACGUGAGGCAGGCACUGGACGGCACCUCUGUGAUCUCUUCAUGGUGAAGCCCUCUAAGAAGGAUUACCCAGACUACUACCAGAUCAUCCAAGAUCCAAUGGACCUGCGUACCAUCGAGAACAAUAUCCGUACUGAGCGUUAUAACAAUGAGGAAGCACUUAUGGAUGGCAUGAAGCUUAUGUUUCGUAAUGCCCGCCACUAUAAUGAGGAAGGAUCUCAGGUUUAUAAUGAUGCGAACAUCUUGGAGAAGAUGGUUAAGGAUAAACAGAAGGAGCUUGGCCCUCCCCCCGAGGAAGAUGACAUGGGCUCUCCCAAACUCAAGCUUCGCCGUAGUGGAGUUGCUGCCUCCCCUAAAAAGGCCCGCACUCACACCACACCACUCCAGCAGAAGCUUACUGAUCUCUACGAAGCUGUGCGCAACUUCACAGACAAUCGUGGCCGACGUCUCAGCACCGUCUUCCAGCGUCUGCCUUCACGUUCUGAGCUGCCUGACUAUUACGCCGCCAUUAAGCGUCCUAUUGACAUGGAGCGUAUACGCAGCUACAUGGUGCAGGGACGCUACCAAGACGUCGACUCGCUAGCAGAAGAUUUAAUUCUUAUGUUCAACAACGCCUGCACCUACAACGAGCCAGAGUCUUUAAUAUACCGAGAUGCACUGCUGCUCCAUCGAGCCUUUCUGGAAGCUCGUCGACAGAUGGAGGAGGAAGAGGAUGGAGAUGAAGGUGGACUGGGUGGUUUGUCAGUUGCCUCUCUCGUGCAUGAGCUCAUCCGGAACCUCUUCGUUUCGAUGAUGGGUCACCAGGAUGACGAAGGCCGCUGCUAUAGUGACUCUUUGGCGGAGGUUCCCGCCAUUGACCCUGCUAACCCAGAGGACCCACCCCUCACUUUAGAGAUUAUUCGUAAUAAUGUGGAUCGUGGUCGCUAUCGGAGACUGGAUGUGUUCCAAGAGCAUGUGUUUGAGGUGCUGGAGAAAGCAAGACGUCUCAACAGGACCGAUUCUGAGAUCUUUGAGGAUUCUGUGGAGUUACAGCAUUUCUUUGUGAAGAUCCGUGACGAGCUGUGCAAGAAUGGCGAAAUCUUGCUGACCCCAGCACUGAGCUACACAUCCAAACAUCUGCAUGCCGACAUAGAUCAAGAGAAGAGAGAGAAACUGCCCCAAGAAAUUGAGGAAGAUCGGCUGAAACGGGAGGAAGACAAAAAAGCUCUUCCAGAAGAGGACAAAGCAGAGGGUGCUGCAGGAAGCCAGUGGCCCUCUGGUCCUCAAAGCUCAUAUAGUCAGGACUGCAACUUUGAGAACAACACCUACAGCGUGGGAGAUUGUGUGUAUGUUCAGCCUUCAGAAGCGAAUUUGCAGCCUCACAUUGUCUGCAUUGAGAAACUCUGGAAGGACGAAGCUGGUGAGCAGUGGAUGUAUGGAUGUUUGUUUUAUCGUCCAGGAGAAACUUUCCAUCUGGCAACGCGCAAGUUUCUGGAGAAGGAAGUAUUCAAGAGCGACUACAAUAACCGUGUGUCUUUCAGCAAGAUCUUGGGGAAAUGUGUUGUGUUGUUCGUAAAGGAGUAUUUUAAGUCGCAACCGGAAGGCUUUAGACCCGAAGACGUCUAUGUCUGCGAAUCCCGCUACACUGCCAGGACCAAAACCUUCAAGAAGAUCAAAAUAUGGUCCAUGCCACCAAGCUCUGUCAAACUAGUCCCUCGGGAGGUUCCGUUACCCAUAGUCAGAGUUGCCUCCAUGUUUGUCAGUGCUAAAGACAAAGUGUCUGAUCUUCCUGAUGGAGAGAACGGGGGCUUCGUCGAGAAGGAGCAAGAAGACGUUCCAGUCGAAGUGGCCAAUGGGGAGCCUGGAUGCCAGUACUAUGAACAGCUCCGCUACAAUGACAUGUGGCUUAAAUUGGGUGACUGUGUCUACAUACGCUCCCACAGGCUGGUGCGACCACGAGUUGGCAGAAUCGAGAAGAUGUGGUUGCGGGAUGGAGCAGCAUUCUUCUUUGGACCCAUCUUCAUCCACCCUGAGGAAACAGAACAUGAGCCAACAAAGAUGUUCUACAAACGUGAGGUGUUCCUCAGCAGCCUGGAGGAGACCUGUCCUAUGACCUGCAUCUUAGGGAAAUGUGUGGUCUCCUCUUUUAAGGACAUACUGUCCUGCAGACCAACUGAAUGUCCAGAAGAAGACAUGCUCCUGUUUGAAAGUCGCUACAUUGAGAGUGAAAAGCAUAUGAAGAAGUUUAAAGCCCUUAAACGCUUUUCCCUCUCAGCCAAAGUGGUUGAUGAUGAGAUCUUCUACUUUAGAAAACCCACCGUGCCCCAGAAGGUGCCAUCCCCCCUGCUGGAUAAGAAGAUUGAGGAGCUAGAGGCUAAGUUUGCAGACAUGGAGGAUCUGGAUGAAGAUAUGGAUGAUCUGGAUGAUGACGACGAAGCAGCAGCGACGCCCUCAAUGCCACCCAGUCAGGCAUCUACAACCAGUGACGUGGAUAUGCCUUAUACACCACCACAGUCCACACCAAAGAUUAAGGGUAUGUCAAAAAAGGAAGGAGCCAAGCGCAAGAUCAACAUGAGUGGCUACAUCCUGUUUAGCAGUGAAGUGAGGGCUAUUAUAAAGGCUCGUCACCCUGAUUUCUCCUUUGGAGAGCUGAGCCGACUGGUGGGCACAGAAUGGAGGAACCUGGAAACUUCUAAGAAGGCAGAAUAUGAAGCACAAAGAAAAGACUGUCGGCUCACCAGGGAGCAGGAGAGCCGUCUCCCUACUCACUGGCUGAAAAGCAAGGGCGCUCACACCACGAUGGCCGACGCAUUAUGGCGACUCCGAGACCUGAUGAUGAAAGACACGUUCAAUAUCCGACAGGCAUACAACCUUUAA